AUGGACCCUUCUACCUACCAUCCUAUCGCAGCCAGUUACGGUUACGCAGCUGACCGAGACAGAGGAUACCAUGAGAGGGAUAGGCUGGAAUAUGAGCUUACCGUCAGGCAGGAGCCAAAACAAGCCCGUAUGUGCGGUGUUGGUGCUGACAGGCGUCCCAUCGACCCCCCUCCCAUCAUCCAACUUCGUGUUAUCGACCCACAAACUCGUCAACCUCCUUCCCCAGCUCGCCUAGAUGGUGACGAAUCAGACCCCAGUUAUGCUCACAGCUUCCUUCAGAAUCCCUAUUAUUUCAUGUUCGCAAGUCUAGCAAAACCAGAUGAUGACACCGAACUACACUGGCUUAAGGAUGGGAAAACACGGUGUACUACAGGUUCAGUCGUCUCGUCCCUAUAUCACCUCAAAGAUACCGAAAACCGCAACGAGGAUGCUGGAUUCUUCGUCUUCCCCGACCUCAGCGUUCGAACCGAGGGUUCUUAUCGCUUAAAGCUCAGCCUCUUCGAAGUCGUCGGCAAUACCGUCCGCCACUGUAAAUCGAUCUACUCAGCGCCAUUCUAUGUCUACACUGCAAAGAAGUUCCCCGGUAUGGAAGAGUCCACACCUCUUUCAUGUUCGCUAGCCGACCAAGGCAUCAAGAUCCGCAUCCGUAAAGAUAUUCGAGUUCGUAAACGUCCUAUCGCUGCACUCACCGCUCCCAUCGAUACCGAGAACAACAAUAACGAAGACGAGCAUGAAAAUGAUACCCCAGUUUCUGCAGCCCCUUCUUCGGGACAUUCCAAACGCGCUCGGCACGGUACAGUGUCUUCUAGCGGCGCAUCAGACUUGCAGACCCCUACCGGGUCACUAGCGGGAUUACCCGCAUGGCCAUCUUCAACCAGUUUAGAUCCUAUGCUAGGUGCUCCAAGUGCGCCCGGCGGUGUCGAACUUCCUGCGCCAACGCAUCCUCCACCGCCUGCCCCUGCAGGUGGGGGAAUCCCACCACCUCGCGGUGCGAGCUACGAAAGCUCGCGUCUGGGAGGCUCUAUACCUCCGCCACCUGGAGCGCAAAUGAUAUCCCCGCCUGCAGCACCGACAUACGAUAACCCUCGCAGCGCACAGCCGUCCAUCCCGCCUGCGUCCUCCACCGUUUCUCAACGUCAGACUAUGCAUCCGCCUCCACAGUCUACACCAUUUCCGACAUCUGCUCCCGUGUUCAACUCGCAAGGCAGAAUAAACUAUGAAGCUCCCCGCGCUUCCGCAUUUGAGCCGCCACGUCCUCCUUACGAAAGCAGCCCUAAUCAACGCCCGUCGUUCGAGACAAGGGCAGCGUAUGAACAGCCAGAUCAACGAGGAUACGAAACCUCUCGAACAGCGUAUGAGCCUCCGCCACAACGCCCCCAGUUUGAAAACCAGCGCAAUGCCUAUCCAUCCGGUUAUGAUGGUCAGAACACCCCAUCCAACACUUUUCAGGAGCCAUAUCCUUCUGCUGGGCAAUACAACAGUCAGCCAUCGACCUCUAAUCAAUACCCGCACCCCUCGACUUCAUCUCACCCGCAAUACCCUUCAUCAUCGCGGUCUCAGUCGCAAUAUGGAGCACCUCCGUCCAAUACAUACCCUACACCUGCGCCAUAUUCGCAAUCACAGUCUAGGUAUGAAUACCCACCUCAACAGUCGCAACAAUACGCUAGUCCAAACGGUGAUUCGUAUUACGAGUCCUCUCCGACUACCUCAACUGGGCCGUCUCAC